UGAUAGGGCGAAUUAAUCCAGUUCCAGCCGAUGAGAGGCAAAGACACCACUUUUGAAACUCGCUAGUCAUAUAUUUUUAGCUAACAGAGUUGGUAUGUCCAUUAGCCGUCACUAGCUACUGCUGCAUUAGCUAAUAAAACGUUCUGCUCUGACAGUCAGUGUGACUGGUUCAUAAGAACCUGCAGCAUCCUGAAGGCUACAUGGCUUUCUCUCCUAGUCUGCCAGCCCCUAGUGUGGUAGCUUGUAAGCCAGAUCUGUCUGUGGAUGCGGUGGUUGACACCCACCCACCCAAGUUAGACAUUCUGGCACAAGAGGAGAGGCAUGAUGUUCCUGGGGUAGAGCCAGUGGUGGAAAUGGACUCUGGAGAAGGGCAGGACUUGUCCAUGGGAAAUGCUGUUUUUAAUUUGCCUUCUGUCACUCUGCAAAGUGGCCAGAACGUACAACGAGAGAUUCAAGUCGGUCGUGCUAACCUGAGAACCUUCCUCACGCCUUCCUUCAAAAGCCUGGGGUUUCUGUCCCCUAUACCAGAGAUAUCUCCCCUCAGUGGGAAAGAGAUACAUGGCAAACCAAGUGAGGAGAUAUGCGCCAAUGUGAUUGAUGAAAUCCAGCGCUACCCAUACAGGACAGCCUUGCGGGCAGUCGAAGGAGGAGGAUUCUUUUUUGGGAAAUGCGGGAACGCAAUGGACAUCAGCAUGAUUGGAGCAGAGUCCGUGGCCAACUUCAGCUGCCUGGACUACACAAUGGAGUCGUCUUGCCUGCAGCUGGAGGGGGAGGCCACGAACAAGCUGGAAAGCCUAAUGAAGGCAAACGACAGGGUGGAGGAGACUGCCAAGAAGUUGGGAGCAGAAGGAGAGGAGGGAGCCAAAGAAUCAGUUAGGGUUCUCAGUGCUAGCCCCUGCUUCAACUCCAGGAAAGGCCUAGUCCCCCUCAUUAUGGAAAAGGUGCAGCUGUUCAAAAGCCCUGGAAAUGUCAGCGGCUCCAGUAUGUCAGCGCUCAAUGAUACAUACAACCUGUCUCACAGCCAGGGGAGCAGCGGUGGCCAGAGUUUGGAGCUUGAGGCUGGGAAUAUCACAGCAGAGGCAGCGUCUGGGGUUGGCCCAAUCGCUAAAGAGGGCUCAUCGUCCCAGGCCAGCAAUAACAACACACUGGUGCUCCAUUCAGGCGCUACUGUAACUGACUCGAAUUUGACUUUUGAAAUUACGGAAAAGAGUGCAGUUGGACUCACUGCAGAGGCGGAGGCUAUGGGCACAGAGAGGGCAGAUUUAAAAGAAGCCCUUGAGUUGCAGUCUGGUGAGAUUGUGGCCCAGCCCAAUUUGACUGUUGACAUUACGGAGCAGAGUGGUGUCGGAACCUGGUCGGAGGACAGCACAAAGAGUUUGGGGUUGAAGAACGGCACUUUCAAUGUCCUUCCAGACCAUGAGCCAGUGGCAGGACCCAAUCUGACCGUGGAUCUGACCACGCCGAAUGUCGCCGGACCCGAAACGGGAUCGACCGAACAAAGGGCGGGGUGUCAGAACGUCACAAUUGAACUGCAGUCGGACCAGUUGAAUGAACCCCCGGCUGGGAUCAACUUGACAUUUAAUGCGACAAAGCAGCUGGGCUCAGAGGACGACCCGGUUGGGGUCUGUGAAGCCGAAGGCGGGGCAGAAGGGCAGCUGGGGUCCUUGACUAAGGUGGAAAACCGCAACUGCAAUUUUAGCCAAAGCCUGGACACGGAGGACGGUGGAGGGGCCAGCUUGUGGAGCCUUGACACCUCGCUGGAAAUGAAGGCCAACUUUUUGGUCACAUCCACCCCGCUGGUCGUGCCCAAAUCCUUUAGCUUCGCUACUAAACCUGCCCCCUCGGAGGCGUGCGAAAGGCUCUCUGUGGUCGAGCACAGUGGAGCCUCCUCUGAUGGGAAUAAUAGCAGUGCCUUUCCCCUGGUUCACCAGCCCCCUCCUGCUGGUGCUAAGCCUCUCACCAGGUCCCUCACCAGACCUUCCGAUUUGCCUUUAAAAUGUGGUGCCAAGGCUCAACCCUCAAACAGGAAGUCGCUCGCCUGCCCUUCAGGCAUCCCCAACCCCAAAUCGCUGCACCCACUCCCAAGGCCUUCCUCUUCCCGUUUGUCUUUGGCCCCGCCACCGAAGACGGCGUCUGGCCUCCAGGUUCCAGGGGCUAGCUCCCUCCUGUCCUCUACUCUGACCAGAAUUAGCAGGAAGACUGGGGGAGCUCUGAGGAACCUGGCAGCAUCCAGCUCUCUGGAGGCUUCUGUUGGUUCUACGACCAGCCGUAGACGCCUUUCAAUUUCUGAAAACAAGCUUCCCGUUUCUGGCCUGCAGAAGCCUCGAACCUCAGGCCAGCUGCCGUCCUCCUCCGACCCAUCCCUGCUGGCUCUGAGGCCUACUGGUCAGACCACGUCCAAGCUGCAGACCCUGAGAUCAGCGGCUGGCAGUAGACCUCUGGGUUUAGGAGAACCAAAGGUAAAGAGCACACAGCUUUCCACCUCCUCCCUGAAGCAGCCACGGGCAAACGCUGGGGAAACUCUGCCCCUCUCCAAGAGGAAGAAAGUUGAUACCCUGGCGCACGCUACCAUCAGCGAGCCCCCAGGGAGUCCUGCAGGAAGCCAGAGGGGCCUCAGGAGACCAACCUCUCUCCUCAGAGGCCCCCAGUCAAAGCUGCAGAAUCUGGGAGGGGGCCGGAUAUCUGGGGUAUUGGCAACAAAAAAGUCUGGCCCAAAGGCUCCCCUGCCUCCUGAUGUGCAGCCCACUGCAGCCCAAGUUGCCCCUCCCUCAGACGUGAGCAGGCCUUGCGAUGAUGACCCGGGGGUAACCAAUGAGGAUGCAGGAACGCAGGCCACAGGCUGUGAAGACUGUGCAAGGUAUCAAGAGGAAAUCGCCAGGCUGCGAGCAGAACUUCAGGAGCGAGACCAGAGGACCUCGUAGAGGAGCAAGUGUUGCCACGGAGCCGUAGCUAGGCGAGCGCAAUCUUCAUGGGAGUACUUUAAAAAAAUUUCUUUUAAACUAAUGAAAAUACGUAUUGUAUUCAAUAAAGUUUCUGUUGAAUAAGUCUUAAA